AGCUCAUUAAAAGAAUAGUAUAGAUGGUAGAGUAUAAUAUGUAAAACAUGUCUUUUAUCGAUGUUCAUGAAAUUCAGAUUUAUAAGGACCAAGUUACAGAACAUGACAUUUUAAAAAAUAUCAUUACUACUCGUAACCAGGAAGAUGCAUUUUAUAUAUUAGAUCUUGGUAUUAUAAUUAAAAAACAUCAAGAUUGGAUAAAAAAAAUGCCAAGAAUUGUACCAUACUACGCUAUAAAAUGUAAUCCAGAUCCAAUGGUAAUUAAAGUUCUGGCAGCUAUGAACGCGAGUUUUGAUUGCGCAUCAAAGCCAGAAAUUCAAGAAGUUAUACAAUUGGGUAUAUCACCAGAUAGAAUAAUUUUUGCAAAUCCUACAAAGUGUCCGUCUCAUAUAGAAUUUGCCAAAAGCGUAGGGGUUGAUAAAAUGACAGUAGAUGGUAAAUUAGAACUUCUUAAAAUUAAAAAAUUGUUUCCUGAAGCAAAAAUAAUUAUUCGUUUUCGAUAUGACAAUAACUCUGUUUUUGAUAAAAGUACUAAACUUGGAAUCAAAUUUGGAUGCGAUCCAGGCGUUGAAGCAAAUAAAUUAAUACAAUUUACAAAGGAUUUAGGUUUAACUUUAUAUGGAUUUAGCUUUCAUGCUGGUAGUCCAUGUAAUGAAAUCAAUGCAUAUGUAUGUGGAAUUCAAAUAUGUAUGCAACUGAUUACUUUUGCUAAAUCUAUAGGAUGUAAAGAUAUCAAGUUAAUUGAUAUCGGUGGUGGUUUCCCUGGAGAAAGUGAAUAUCAAAUUGACAAGCUUUCGCAUAUAAUUAAUGAUGCAAUCAAAGAAAUAGAUCCUACUAUAGAAAUUAUAAGCGAACCAGGUAGAUACUACGUAACAGCUGCAUUUACUUUGGCUAGCUACUUACAUUCUAAAAGAACUAUAUCUGAGGGAAAUAGUUUGAAACAAAUGUAUUAUAUUAACUGCGGAGUUUAUAGUGGGUUUAUAGAAGAAUUGUUGGAUUUGAAAUCACGUUGUCCGAUCUCACUGUUCAAUCCUGUAUCUGAUAAAAAAUAUCCUUCUAUUUUAUGGGGACCGACUUGUGAUUCCUACGAUUGUAUCGUUAAAGAUGCAUUAUUGCCAGAAUUUCAAAUAGGAGACUGGCUUGUAUGGAGCGAUAUGGGUGCAUACACAACAUCUCUAGCUUGUACAUUUAAUGGUUUUAUGCCACCGGAAGUUUAUCCAUUUAUUAGAAAAAGUCAAUGGCAAGAUUUUUGUGCUAUUAUCAAACGUGACGAAAAUAAUUGAUUAUAUAUAUAUAUAUAUA